UUAACACUCUUUCAAAACAUCAACCGUUACGUUUGGUGUUUGCGGACUUCAAACUGACAUUACACCGAAACCGAGUACAAGAGAUGAGUGAAAUCCGGCAUUAUCUGGAAAUAUGAGAUGUAAACUUAUAUUACGUUUGCAUGUCAUUUGGAAAGGGAAAGUAAAUUCAAACAUUGUCGAGCAUUGGAGAGGGUGUUUGAGGGACAGUGUCGACUGGAUUAAAAAACUAUAUUAGAAGAGUUUCAGUACACCCCCAUUUUAACUAACCACCCUAUCUUUUAAAUGUAUUUUUUUGUUUAAUCGCUACAUACUUGCUCCUGUCGUGUUGAGUUCAAAAGAUGUGCUCUGAAAAGCAGGAUCUAUCGGAUGGCAGUGCCUCAGUCUCGUCCACGCGCACAGAGCAAAAGUACACACACGCGCGUUCACGCGCCACUGUGCCAUAGAAUAUAAUAGAAUCUGAGUGUUGACGUAAUCCUAGCACGGAUAAGAAGCUGCUCAAGAGUCCAAGACAGUCCGUCCUCAUAGUGAACGCACUUGGAAGUUACUUCUGCCUGGACUCUUUUCACAAACACACUGUGCUUUUUGUUACUCGCACCAAUCCAUGUCAAGUGCCACUUCCUCUGUACUCUGUCAGCAGUAGGUGUAAUGUGAUAAUUAAAAGUCAAUUGUUGUCGUCCCGCAAUGACAUUGCCAGAGCAGCACCAGCCACUGCACGAGUCCGAGGUGAGGUGCGAUAGCGAAGGCGGAGCAGUCACGUUGUGGAUAACUGACAGCCAUAAUCAACAGGUGGGUCCAGACCAAGAAGGUGAGCCGGUCGUCAUGGGCUCCUCCAAACCUUGCAAAUACAGUAUCUCAUCAAGCUGCAGCUCGGGGGACUUGGGCGUUCCCAGGGCUAUGAUGACUCACCGGAGCAGUCCGAGGAGAGUGCCACCGCUGUUUGAGAGAUCUGCCGCGCAGUGCUGGGACCCCAAGUUUAACUCGUCUAUCCUGGAGGAGGCGUGCAGGGAACGCUGCUUCCCGCAGAUGCAGAGGAGAUUCCGCUACAUCCUGUUUUACCUGGCAACUGCCGCACUCCUGUGGGGGAUAUACUUUGGGAUCAAUAGCGCCAGAUGUGACCCUACAAAUUUCUUGGUCCCCACAUUGGGGUUUCUUGUACUGUGCCUCCUCCUCCUCUGGUUUACGUUCUCAAGGCCGUAUAAACGUUACUACAACCACACGUCCUUUCUACUUACAGUGAUCAUGUUUGGGAUCACCUUGGCACCUCAAACACAAACUGCUCAGUUUGCCCAUUUUGAUGUCCAAAAACCAGGCAAUGAGUCUCAUAAUGCUCCAUGUAUAUCACCUGUUGGGACGUUCUCACUUUGUAUGGAGGUGCUGCUUUUGCUGUACAGUGUGUUGCACUUGCCCCUGUAUGUGUCGGUGCUUCUCGGCCUGCUGUAUUCUGUCCUCUAUGAGGCUUUAGGCUGGCUACAACUAGCUGAGAUUGAUGGUAGCUAUGUAAUGUCAGAUUUGAGCUGGCUUGGCCCGGGUAAAGUCCUGCUUCACCUGUGCGCGCAUAUCAUUGGCAUCCACAUAUUCAUCAUGUCCGAAGUGCGCUCUCGGAGUACCUUUCUCAAGGUGGGUCAAGCGAUCAUGCACGGGAAGGACCUGGAGGUGGAGAAGGCGCUGAAGGAGCGUAUGAUCCACUCCGUGAUGCCGCGGCUGGUGGCGGACGAGCUCAUGAAGCAAGGAGACGAGGAAAGCGAGAGCUCUGGGAAACGAUACAGCGUAGGUGCCUGCUCAGUCAACGGCGCAUCAACCGCAAACUCGUCCAGUCCCAAAAGCAACAAGCGUAAAAAGAACUCAAUCCCGCGCGGGCAAAUAAUUUUCAGGCCCUUUAACAUGAAGAGCAUGGAGCCGGUGAGCAUCCUCUUUGCAGACAUCGUGGGAUUCACCAAAAUGAGUGCCAACAAGUCCGCCCCUGCGCUGGUAGGACUGCUGAACGACCUCUUUGGCCGCUUUGACCGUCUGUGUGAGUUGACCCACUGCGAGAAGAUCAGCACUCUUGGGGAUUGCUACUAUUGCGUGGCGGGCUGCCCUGAGCCGCUCCCCGAUCACGCGUACUGCUGUGUGGAAAUGGGGCUCGGGAUGAUCCAGGCCAUCGAGCAGUUCUGCCAGGAGAUGUCCGAGACCGUGGACAUGCGUGUUGGCGUGCACACCGGCACCGUGCUCUGCGGUAUUCUAGGAAUGAAGCGCUUUAAGUUUGACGUUUGGUCCAAUGAUGUCAACUUGGCCAAUCUUAUGGAGCAGCUGGGUGUGGCGGGAAAGGUGCACCUGUCGGAGGUAACAGCAAGUUUUCUGGAUGACCGUUACGAGAGGGAGGACGGGCGAGUGAUGGAACGCGUCGGGCACAGUGUUACUGAUCAGCUGAAAGGUUUAAAGACUUAUCUGAUCUCGGGACGGAAGAUGGGCUUUCAGUGUGGCUGUUCCCAGCUCAGUUUGAGUCCGUCCUCAUACACACACACUCCUGAUCUCACACACUGCGCCAUCGCUGAACCACUCUCACACGGCAGGCCUGCGUGCACAUCCUGUGUCAUCUCCGUAGAUGUCAUUGACAGUCCGAUAGCAGAUGAAGCAGCUAGAAAUGGCUGCCAGGAUGAACACCGAGCCAACAGCAACAAGUUUCCUGCAGGUCGUAGCCCUAAAACCCUGAAUGGUCUGUUGAGUCCUCUGUGUGAGGAGCGGAAACAAGUCAGCCAGUCAUCUCUGUGUGACAAACUCCAGGAGAAGAACAGGAGCUGGGUGGGGAGUCUGGCCGCAGAAGGAGGCAGCGCCAGUGGCAUGGACCACUCAGCCAUUCUCCCGCUGCGCUCCAAAAACUUUCGGGGGAAAAGUGACGUGCAGUUUGUGGAGGUGAUAAAGGAAGACAGUCUGAUGAAGGAUUACUUCUUCAAGCCGCCCAUUAACAAGCUGAGUCUGAACUUCCUGGAGAAAUCUCUGGAGUCCGCUUACCGUACCAGCUACCAUGAGCAGGUGGUGAAUCAGGUGCCGGUGCAGACGUUUGCCAGUCCAGUCUUCAGCUCGCUGCUCGAUGUUCUGCUGUCUUGUGCCAUUUUUCUCGCCCUGACCAUUGCCUGCUUCCUGCAUCCCCUUGUUUCCAUGAAGACGCCCCUGGCAGCCACACUGGGUCUGGCCAUCACAGCCGCUCUGCUGGAGCUGGUUUCUCUCGUUUUGUCCAUUCGUAUGGUGUUUUGUCUGGAUGAUGUACAGAACUGCACUCAGUCUCUGUUGAAGCUGGUGUCUGGCUGGCUCCCGCGUCAUGUGAUCGGGGCUGUGCUCGUUUCACUUCCUGCGGUGUCCGUCUUCUCCCACCUGGCUUACAGCGUGCAGCUGCCAAUCCAGGCGACCAUGUUCCUGUGCUGUGCUCUCAUUAUUGCUAUUAUCCAGUACUGUAACUUCUGCCAGCUGAGUUUCUGGAUGCGCUCUGCUCUGGCCACUGUAGCUGGUUUUUCUUUACUCAUCCUGCUCUACAGCGCCACCACCAGGCCCAGCAGUGCCACUGACACAUUUCCAGCAUCUGGGAACAUGAAUAAUCGGAGUGCUGAAGUAGAUCAGGCAAGUGUGUUGGACUCUGCACCCACAGCGCUCGACCUGCUCGUCCUAGAGACCGUGCUCUCCUUCUUCCUUCUGCUGCUGCUGGUUUGGUUUCUCAACCGAGAAUUCGAGGUCAGCUACCGUCUGCAUUACCACGGAAAUGUGGAAGCUGACAAGCAUCGCAUCAAGAUCCAGACCAUGCGAGAUCAAGCGGACUGGCUGCUGCGUAACAUCAUCCCCAUCCAUGUUGCCGAGCAGCUAAAGGUGAACCAGAGUUACUCUAAAAAUCAUGACAAUGUCGGGGUCAUCUUUGCAAGUAUCGUCAACUUCAGCGAAUUCUACGAGGAGAGCUUUGAGGGUGGGAAAGAGUGCUACCGAGUACUUAACGAACUCAUCGGAGACUUCGACGAACUGUUGCGCAAGCCUGCAUUCUCAAAUGUAGAGAAGAUUAAAACCAUCGGUGCCACCUACAUGGCAGCAUCUGGAUUGAAUGGGCAGCAGUGCCAAGAACAGCCACAUCCGCAUGCCCACCUAUGUGCCCUCUUUGACUUCGCCCUUGAAAUGAUGCGUGUAGUGGACGAUUUUAACAAGAACAUGUUGGGUUUCAAGUUCAAACUGAGAAUUGGCUUCAACCACGGGCCCCUGACUGCCGGCGUCAUCGGCACUACCAAGCUGCUUUACGACAUAUGGGGCGACACGGUCAACAUCGCUAGCCGCAUGGACAGCACAGGAGUGGAGUGCCGCAUACAAGUUAGCGAAGAGAGCCACUGUGUGCUCAGCAGAAUGAACUACACCUUUGAUUAUCGUGGCACUGUGAACGUGAAAGGGAAAGGGCAGAUGAGGACUUACUUGUAUCCCCAAAUGAACGAAGGCAGAUCAGGGUCCACUCAAAGCCUGGAACAAGGCCAGGUGGACGAUGCCCUUGGGCAUUUAGAGCCUGACACACUUGCCAACACAACAUCAACAACAUCUGCUGCACCACUAAACCCUCUCUGCACCUCUCCCAAUGUUGCCUCUAUCAGUGGCCACGGUGUGCCUCAGGGCCGUGUAUUAGGCCCGUCUCAGAUUACAGAGGAGUUGCACCAAGACACUAAGCACAAUUCUCCUGUCCCCGAGCUCAAAGAAAAGGAUUAUGAGAGUCCUUCUCAAGCACCAUCGCUAAGUGGUACACAACCUCCCUCAAUAACACAACUGUACGCGCCGUUAGCCAGACCAGAGACACCUUUACAAGGAGAGGAAGAUGACGAUGCAGAUGAGUGUACAAAGCUCAGUGCAGUGGAGUGAUCAGAUUUCCUUCUCACCUCGGCUGUCCUUCUUCAAGAGCCAAUCCGCAGAUAAUUUUCAGGCUCUACUUCCUUCAAGGGGCUUUGUCGACCAUAACUGUUGGAGUUCCAAUGAGUAGCAUUAGCCUGUAUAUGUGUUGAUCACGUGACCUAAAUAGAAAAAAGGGUGCGCUAAGCAUCUGCUGUGUGGAUCACAGUGUAGCACAGAGGGGGGAAAUGGAUAGAGUUAAUAUUUCUGAUGUUCUCUUAUUUGUUUUUGUUGUUUAUAAAGUGCCUUCACGAUAUGCAAAAUCUGUCAAAUGAAAGGGAUGUUUUAACAAAUAUAUCAGCAUGGCUUUUUGAAGGGACGUGGACAG